CCUGACGCGCGUCGCCGUUCCUGCUCUUCCUCGCCAGGACAUCGCGUUCCUGCCGUCCCAGUCAAUGGCUCUGAGGUGAACCGGAGCAGAGUACCAAUGCCCAUAUCUGGUGAGAUGGAUGAUGGGCCUACUGUACUGCAGUUAUAUAAGUGGGAAAAGCCACAGCCCUAUCUCGAGGAGCUAUCGAAAUUCCAGGAAGCUUCCAUAUCUCCUACAAGGCGCCUCUUUGGACUGCUCUCGGACCAUGGCGAUCUUGUCUUGUCAACGGUCAAUGCCAAACCAUCACAUGUUGAAUCACCUACGGCUCUCUCGGAUAGUGGCCUGCCAGUCUUUAAGUGCUUUUCUUCUAUUCCUGGAGUGAAGUCUUUAGCGUGGGGACACUGCUGUGAUGCUUCUAGUAAACCUGAGGUUCCGGCUUUUAGUGAAUUUCUUGUUUUAUCUGGUGAUGAUUCACUCACAGUUCAUGCGUUUUGUCAUUCGUACAAAAGCACAGUAACAGUUAGUGAUAUGGAAGAGUUGCAUGGGGACUGGAAAGAAUGGUUUCCUACUGAGGGCUCUUUGUCGGAGGAUGGCGAGUCAGGUCGAAAGAACUGCUUUCGUUCUUUUCUGACUACAAUCAGUGGGUCUGUUUGUAAUGGAAAAUACCAAGCCAGAUUUCCCCUGAAAUCUUCAUUACCUCAUUCAGCAGAGGUGGUAUCAUUUAGCAUAUAUGACAUUACUAUGUCCUUUUUGAAGUUCUGGUCUAGCAAUAAUAGUAUGGAAGCUAGGAUGGAGACCGAUCUUCUUAGUCAUGUACCUGUAACUGAAGCAUCAUGCAGCUGUCAGUGGGAAUGUUUAAAAGUUCUGCCAGGUCCCUCUGGUCAUUUGAUUGGUUUAGUCUUAACUCCUAAGGAAUCAGUAAGUUGUGAGGUCCAUGAACGCAACACAAACGAUAUUUUGGUGGCUAUACUUGAGCUAAACCAUUGGGGUAUACACUGGAACUUUGUGGUGGACCUUCAGAAUGUAUAUAAUGAUGCAGGGCCCAAUCCACGGUGGGUCGAUUUCCAACUGUCAGAUAUAUUUCUUGCCUCCCUUAACGCAGUGGGUAUUGUUGCCAUUUGGAAUGUGAAAACUGGUCACCCUAUCACCUCUUUUAGUGUUCUUCAACGGUGCAGAAUAGAUCUGGAGAUGCCUUUGGGGAGCACCAUACCCGCUGUAACAAAUUUAGAUGGAGAAAGCACCUGUGGUGGGAAUGUCGUUGGCAGAAUGUUUAAGAGGUUAGUCUUGGCACCAUACUCUCUACUUGUUGCUGCCAUAGAUGUGGUUGGGGUAGCCUAUGUGUUCUAUGCUGAUGACAUCUUAAAUUUCAAAGGCAAUGCACAUGAAAACUUUGGCCAGCCUUCUAUGAAUCAGUAUGGUGACAAUUGUGCUGCCUGGGAAACUGCUGGACGUGGGAUUGGGACAACAUUUUGCAGUCACCAGUCCAGUCAACAAGGGUCAGACACAUUGGUUUCUGAUUUUUCAGAAAGAGACAAUGCUGGUGUUGUCCGAGCUAGGAAAAGAAGAAAAUACUGGAAAUGUAAUGAAAGUCAACUGGAUAGCUGGCCAAGUGGUUUCAGUACUACGCCACAAAUAAAAGAUGUGGUAACUUAUCCUUACACAAUGGCAGUUUGUAGUCCCAUGCGAAGAGUAGUCCUUCCUCCACACAGAUUGCAGGAUGAUAUAUUAAGCCUCUCGCCAUUUGGACUAACGAGGAUCUUUAAAGGUUGCAAUGCUGAUGGAAACAAACACAUAACAAUUGUUCACACGAAGUUGCUUAUGGCUUCACGUUUACUUGACGAGAGAGAUAUUAAUGAUGGUUUUCUGGACAGAAGGCUCUUGUUUCAGAAGGAUUUCUCUGUUGCUGGAGAAUCUGCUGUUUGCUCGUUUCAAGGAUAUGUAUAUUUGAUUUCGCAAGAUGGCCUUUCUGUUGUCCUUCCAUCAGUGUCUACUUCAUCCUUUUCAUCUUGUAUCGAUGACAUCCAAUUUUGGCAACCUGGGUUUUCUGGUGGUAGUGCAUGCAAUGCUCUGAAUUUGACAUCGGUAAAUAGACCUGAAACAAGGUGGAAGACCUGGCAAAUAGAGGUUUUGGAUAGAGCAUUGCUGUAUGAAGGACCUUCAUUAGCAGACAGGCUCUGCUGGGAGAAUGGAUGGGACCUGAAAAUAUCUAGGCUACGUUGGGUGCAAUUGUCAUUGCAUUACACAAAUAUCAGUGAUCUGGAGCAAUCAUUAUAUAUGCUCGCGGAGGUCAAUCUUGCAGAAGAAGGUGUUCUGCAACUGCUAUUGGCAUCUGUAUAUCGGCUAUUAUGUACAAGAGGAAGUGAUUAUGAGGCUGAAGUGUCAUCCAAGUUAUUGGUUUUAGCUGUCCGCUUUGCGACGAGAACGAUCAAGAGUUAUGGUCUAAAUAAGCAAAAAGAAGACAAUUCAGUAAAGCUUCAUGAAAUGGCUUUCCUUUUGGGGGUAAUUAGAAGUAUUCAGGGCCGAGUCAUUGCAAAGAACCAGAAUUCUAUCCGGAUGCAGGGAGAUGAUAGAAACUCGCUGAAAAUAGACAAAGAAGUGCUGCAAAAUGAUUCUUCUCUCCCAAUUGUUGUAGUGGAUGGUGUUUCAUCAGGACUACCAGGUGGUUUAGAUGCUGAUGACAGACAAGGAUCAGCAUCUACUGUGUUUGAGUUUGUUCCUGGUAGCAGUAGGCAGUUAGCGUUAACACCAGUUGAAACCUCUCUUACUACUCAGUUUCACGAAAAUAACACUGAUCAAGGAACCACACACGUUGUAAGACCAGUUACUCAAGGAAAUGUCAAGGAUAUGAUGAACCGUUGGGAAACGAAUAAAUUUGACUUGAAAGCAGUAGUCAGGGAAGCACUACAGUCUGGUCGACUACCUUUGGCAGUUCUUCAGCUGCAACUAUUGCGCCAGAGGGAACCAUGUUCCAGUUAUGAUUCUGAAGAUGCUUUCUCCGAAGUCCGUGAGAUAGGAAGAUCCAUUGUUUAUGAUUUUUUAAUGAAGGGUGAAAGUGGACUGGCUGUAGCAACACUAGAAAGACUAGGAGAUGAUAUAGAGGCGGACCUUAGACAGCUUAUGCAAGGUACUGUCAGAAGGUCACUUAGGCUGCAAAUUGCCGAUGAGAUGAAACAGCGUGGGUACAUGAGGUCAAAUGAGUGGACAAUGUUGGAGACCUUAGCACUGAUUGAGCGGUUUUACCCAAGCAGCAGCUUCUGGGACACGUAUCUUGGCAGGGAGAAUGUCAUUCAUGAUGCUGCAAAUAUUGUUACACUUCCAGGGGAAGAUAAACCAGUGCUAACUCUCAACAUCUAUAACCAUCCUGCUAUUGAAUGUGGCGAUGUUGAUGGAGCUGUGCUUGGUUCUUGGGUGAAUGUUAGCGAUUACACUGAUUUAAAGGAGUUCUCUCAAAGCGACCUUUCCAAGGGUUAUUGGGCCUGUGCUGCUGUGUGGUCUGAUGCUUGGGAUCAAAGAACUGUAGACCGUAUAAUACUGGACCAGCCUUCGCAUAUGUCUGCUCAAUCCAAUCUCCCAUGGGAAUCUCAGUUUGAAUAUUUUGUUGCUCAUAGUGAUGUGGGGGGAGUCUGCAAACUCCUGGACAUCAUUCCUGACAGUGUACUACUGGAAGGGAUUCUUAGAGUUAAUGUGGACAAUUCACGAGUUGGCUACAGCACUGUGUCUGAUGUGACGGUCCCUGAUUAUAAAAUGUAUAUAUGUGACUCAGAGGAGCUAGAACCUGUUUGCUUGGAGGUACCACAUGUCAAAGUAUUCAGAUCCUUGUCUAAUAAUGAAUCAACAUCAUGGAUGAGAAUGCUAAUGCAGAAAGAACUGGCAAAGAAACACAUCUUUAUGAAAGAGUACUGGCAAAGUACUACUGAGAUUAUACCUGUACUUGCUCGUGCUGGCAUACUUAUUAAUACAGAGAUUGGUUCCAAGAAAGAAUCUUCUAUGCCAUUUUAUGCUUCGGAGAUGCCAGAUGAUGAUGAACGUCACCGGGCUUGUGAAAGGGCAUUGCAUAAACUAGUCAUGCGUUUCUGUGUGCAAUAUGACUCUCCGUACCUACUUGAUAUCUAUCUGGACAACUGCAAUUUUGUUCUCGGAGAAGACUCUGUCCCUCUGCUCAAAGAAGCCGCAGGUGAUUGCAAGUGGGCACAAUGGUUACUCUUCUCCAGAGUCAAAGGUUAUGAGUAUGAAGCAUCCUUUUCUAAUGCCCGUUGGAAUCUGUCACAGAAAAUGAUUAAUCAUGGCAAUCUAACUGCAAUUGAGAUAGAUGAGAUAUUGUAUACUGUUGAUGAUAUGGCUGAACGGAUCGCGGAAAUGUCUGCACUAGCUACCUUAAUGUAUGCCUCACUACCAAUUCAGAAGUCCAUAUGUACUGGAAGUGUGAACAGAAAUCGUGGGCUGUCUUCUCAGUGCACAUUAGAGAACCUAGGUCCUUGUCUCCAGCAAUUUCCGACACUAUGGAAGACACUUCGUUCUACUUGUUUUGGGGAAGAUGGGUAUGGCUGUCUAAAUUAUUCUCCAACUAAUGUUCCUGGAAAAUCCUCAAUUUCAGAGUACCUGUGCUGGCGCUAUAACAUUUUUUCCUGUGCUGGAGGAGACACUUCAUUGCUGCAAAUGCUUCCGUGUUGGUUCCCGAAGUCUAUUAGAAGGUUAAUUCAACUAUAUGAACAGGGCCCUUUUGGAAUGCAAAUGCUAUCGAGUGCACCAUCAUCGGUAGAGUUAUUUACUCACAGCGUCACAGAUUACAUAUACAAUACCACUGGAUAUAGUGAAAUCAAUGCGUUGUCCUUAGAAGCAUCCAUUCAAAGAAGUGUUGAAGAAGAACUAUAUUCUUCCCUUGAGGAGAAAGACUUGAGGGUGGAACAUCAUUUACACCGUGGUCGAGCACUAGCCGCUUUCAGGCAUCUUCUUGGUAAAAGAGCUUCACAGUUAAAAUCAGCAAAUGCAGGCCAAGUGAUCUCCACACAGUCUGAUGUUCAAGCAGAUGUACAACUGAUCCUAGCUUCUUUAAGUCAAACUGAACGAUCAGUUCUUCUAUCGGUGGCUCCACUAGCAAUUACAAACUUUGAGGACUCAACACUAGUUGCUUCCUGCACAUUCUUGUUGGAACUCUGUGGCAUGUGUGCCAACAUGCUUCGUCUAGAUAUUGCUGCUCUUCAGCGGAUCUCUUCCUACUAUAGCUUGGUUCAGCAAAAUAAAAAAUAUGAGCUGUCUUCACAAAGUAGCCCUGGGUUACAUGUUCUUUCCCAUGGAGCUGAUAUUGCCCCUGCUCUUGCUCGAGCAUUAGCUGAUGAUUAUGUCCAGUCUGAUCAUCUUCAUGUCUUGGAGCAGAAGCAGAACUCUGGGGUUCCCAAAAGGGAACAGCCAUCACAGCCUCUUAUUGCUAUAUUGGAGCACCUGGAACGAGCAAGUUUGCCACUAUUAGAUGAAGGUAGAACCUGUGGAUUUUGGCUGUUCAGUGGCAUUGGUGAUGCAUCUGUUUACCGGUCACAGCAAAAUGAAGCCAGCCAACAUUGGAAUUUGGUCACAGAAUUCUGUCAGACGCACCAUCUCCCAUUAAGUACAAAAUAUCUGGCUUUACUGGCUAAUGAUAAUGAUUGGGUUGGUUUUCUAACAGAAGCCCAGAGGGCUGGUUUUCCAAUCGAAGUUGUUAUCGGAGUGGCUUCCAAAGAGAUAAGAGACUCAAGAUUGAGGACUCAUAUACUAACAGUUCUGAAACACACACAGUCAAAUAGAAGGAAAUCUUCUAGCAAUAUACUCUCAGGAAGUAAGGAGUCAUCUUUCUUGUCUGUUGAUGGUGACGACCCCAUGGAAAUUUUCUGUAUACUUGCUGUUUGUGAAAAGCAAAAGAACCCUGGAGAGGCACUUCUGAAUAAAGCGAAGCAAAUGCAGUGGUGUUUACUGGCAUUGAUUGCUUCAUGUUUUCCAGAUGUGACUACUCUAUCAUGCUUAAGUUGUUGGCUUGAGAUUACAGCUGCAAGGGAGUUGUCCUUGAUCAAGGUGGACGGUAUUUCAUCUAAAAUAGCUAAGAAUGUUGGAUCCGCUGUUGAGGCCACGAAUAAAUUGCCAAGCAUGAGUAGGAAUGUUGAAUUUCGUUACAACAGAAAGAAUCCAAAACGAAGACGGUUCUUGGAGGCCUCUCCAGAUAGCUUCACAUCAGGUUUCUUGCUGGACAUCACAUGUGGGCCGAAUGCUACUGCAAUUUCCAAUCCUUCCGAUAUCAACGCCCAGCAAGAAAAAAGAAAGCCCACUUCCAAAGAGACUAAAGUUCCAGUUGAUAUGGAUGAGAGGCUUACAUCUUUGUCAAGUAUAAUAGCGGUGCUCUGCGAACAACAGCUAUUCCUACCAUUACUUAGAGCAUUUGAAAUGUUUCUGCCCUCCUGCUCCCUUCUCCCCUUCAUUCGUUCCCUUCAGGCAUUUUGUCAAAUGCGUCUGUCUGAAGCUUCUGCACAUUUGACAUCAUUUUCGGUGAGAAUAAAAGAUGAAGCCUCUCAGUCGAACUCAUCCAAAGAAUCAUCAUCUAUAACAGGAUUGGUAGUUCAUACGGCUGUAAAAGCUGCAGAUGCAGUACUCUCAACCUGCCCAUCAAUUUAUGAGAAGAGGUGUUUGCUACAGCUCCUUGCAGCGGUUGAUUUUGCAGAUGGUGGCUCUUCAUCAGCUUACUUUAGCCGAAGUUAUUGGAAAAUUAAUCUAGCUGAACCUUCCUUAUGCAAAGAUGGUGAUAUCUACAAGUGGAGCGAUUCCAUGGAUGAUGCUUCUCUCAUGGCAGCAUUAGAAAAGGAUGGCAGAUGGGAGGAAGCUCGCACUUGGGCAAGACAACUUGAAUCAGGUGACACAGCUCGGGAAUCUACAUUUGAUCAUGUGACAGAAUCACAGGCAGAAGCUAUGGUUGCCGAAUGGAAAGAGUUUCUCUGGGAUAUUCCACAAGAACGUGCAGCUUUGUGGGGCCACUGUCAGACACUUUUCAUGAGAUAUUCUUUGCCUCCUUUACAGGCUGGGUUAUUUUUUCUUAAGCAUGCUGAAGAAUUAGGAAAAGAGAUACCAGCACAAGAGCUUCAUGAAAUACUCCUGUUAUCUUUACAAUGGCUUAGUGGAACUAUUACCAAAUCUUCUCCGGUAUAUCCUCUCCAUCUUCUGAGGGAAAUUGAGACUAGGGUUUGGCUCCUGGCUGUUGAGUCAGAGAUUCACUUGAAGGCUGAUGGUGAAUGCACACCUUCUGCUGUUACUCAAAAUCUAGCUAUUGGAAAUACUACCAGUAUCAUAGAACAGACUGCUGAUGUUAUCACAAAAAUAGACAACAGUAUGAGUUUGCCUAGCAUGAGAGCUGCAGAAAGAAAUGGCAUGAUGGAUAAUAACCUAUCAGGCCAUCAACAUUUGCAACUCUUUGAAUACAACAGUGAAGCAACAACAACAAAUAACACAAGAGCAAAGCGAAGAGGAAAAACAAAUCUACCACUUAGACGAGGUGUCAAUGGCAAUUCUGGAAGUAGCACAAGUGAUUCUGGUGACAAUUCUAAAUUUUUUCACCAUUCUAAGAUUGACGAACAAGCAAGAAAUUUACUAUCUGAAGAGGAAUUCGCAAAGAUGGAAGCGUCUUUGUCUGGUUGGGAGCAACAUGUCAGGCCUGCAGAUAUGGAGAAGGCUGUUCUCUCCUUAUUAGAAUUUGGACAAAUAACUGCUGCUAAGCAGCUCCAACAAAAGCUAUCUCCAUCAUAUGUCCCUGAAGAACUUGUUCUCGUUGAUGUUGCACUAAGAGUUGCAGAUAAUGGCAGUAAUGGAGAUAUCAGUUUAUUAUGCUUUGACACGGAAGCCCUUUCAAUACUUCAAUCACUCGAAAUAGCAAGUAGAAGUAAUAUGAUUGAUCCAUCUCAGGCUAUGGAGAAAUUAGCCAUGAAAUGUGGUGAAGGCCGUGGGCGAGCUCUUAUUAGGAGAAUAAUAGCAGUCGUGCAGACUGCAAAAAUACUGGGACUAUCAUUUUCUGAAGCAUUUGAGAAACAGCCAAUUGAACUUCUGCAGUUGCUUUCCCUGAAAGCUCAGGACUCUUUUAAUGAAGCUAAAUUUCUUGUGGAGACACACAUCAUGCCUGCAUCUAGCAUUGCAAGAAUUCUUGCUGAUUCCUUUUUAAAGGGGCUUUUGGCUGCACAUCGUGGAGGCUAUCUGGACUCCCAGAAGGAAGAAGGCCCAGCACCACUAUUAUGGAGAUCAAGUGACUUCUUGAAGUGGGCAAAACUAUGCCCAUCUGAACCAGAAAUUGGCCAUGCUUUAAUGCGUUUGGUGAUGACUGGGCAUGAAGUACCACAUGCUUGUGAGGUUGAACUCCUUAUACUGUCACACCACUUCUACAUGUCGUCGUCUUGUCUUGACGGUGUGGAUGUUCUGGUCACAUUCGCGGCUAAUAGAGUGGAUUCAUACGUUUUAGAGGGCGAUUUUACUUGCUUAGCUCGUUUGAUCACGGGAGUGAGCAAUUUUCACUCCUUGAGCUUCAUUCUUUCCAUCCUUAUAGAAAAUGGGCAAUUGGACUUGCUGCUUCAAAAGUAUUCUUCCACUGACACAGCCACAGUGACACCUGCAUCAGUUCGAGGGUUCAGGAUAGCUGUUAUUACAUCACUCAAACAUUUUAACCCUAAUGACGACGAGGCUCUCUCUUUGGUAUACACACACUUCGAUAUGAAACAUGAGGCUGCUUCUCUCCUGGAGUCACGAGCAGAGCAGUACAUGAAAAGCUGGUUACGUCGGCAAGAUAAGGAACGGCGGAAUGACGAGCUCCUUAAGGCUAUGCAUGACCUUGUACAAACGGCUGAGGUUCUUUCAACAAUUGACGCUGGCCAACGGACACAUCGUGCUUGUGCUCGUGCUUCCCUACUAUCUCUUCAGAUUCGUAUACCCGAUCUUGUAUGGAUUGGUCUUACAGAAACCAAUGCACGUCGGAUUUUCGUGGAUCAAUCUAGGUUCCAGGAGGCCCUUAUCGUUGCUGAAGCAUACAGCAUAAACCAGCCAAUGGAAUGGGCCCCUGUCUUUUGGAACCAGAUGCCGAGACCUGACCUGAUCGAGUUAUUUGUGGCUGAAUUUGUACUUGUUUUGCCCCUUCAGCCACCAAUGCUCGUCGAGCUUGCAAGAUUUUACCGUGCAGGGGUUGCAGCCAGGGGUGAGCAGCCGCACUUCUCCGCCUGGCUUUCGCCUGUAGGCUUGCCUGCUGAGUGGGUGAAUCUCGGAAGAUCAUUCAGGAGCCUGCUGCGUAGAACGAGGGAUAUGAGGCUGAGGCUGCAGUUGGCAACCCUUGCGACGGGGUUCAGCGAUGUCGUUGACGUCUGCAAUGGAGUUCUGGACAAGGUCCCUGAGAAAGCUGGCCCACUAAUUCUGAGGAAGGGCCACGGGGGUGCAUACCUCCCUCUCAUGUAAAUCAUCUUCAUCCGAUGCAUCUACUUCCAGCCUGGUGGCGCUGUAAGGUGGAUAAAUUUGUAUAGGAUGAAUGCACAGUCGUCCAGCAAUCAGUUUUCUCUCAUUUUUCUCUUAAUUCUCUGAACGUGGGUGAGAGCCAUGAUGCCAUUGGGGCUUUCGGUUUGUAUAUAAAGCAUUUUGAGUGUAUAGGUUGGACACAGCCGAUGGAAGUCAGUUUUGCAGCUCAUCCGCCCAAUAUGUAUUUCCCUGGAAUGGAUGGCGAUCUUCCAUGGACCCAUGAUGUAUUUGUAAAAAGCGUGGCUGUUUUGGCAUAUCAAGCUUAGGCUCUACCCUAGAAAUAAUAAACAAAAAACAAUUUUCACUAUUGAAAUAAGUACAAUUACAUUUCGUGUUC